AUGGAACAGCAACCCGACUCCCAACAUGUACUCCAAACGCAGGUCCCACGUCUGCUUGUAGAACUCAUCCUGCAUACCCUCGAGUUCGCGCCCACCGCGGACCUUACGCGGCUGCUCGAUGACCGUACGACCUUUCGUGCUCUGCCUGCCCUGAUCCUACGUCAGCGGUUUCUGAGGAUGCUCGAGGCCCCGAAUCUCUCUCUCUCGUUCGAGUGCUCUCUUCCUAUGGGCUACACUGUAGAUGCACGACAAGAUCACAAGCUUAAGUUCUCGCAUAUCGACGACACUUGCACGAACCUCACCGCACACUUCACGUUCCCGCAGAGCGGGCCCCCGUUCGCGUUCAACCUCGAGUCACGAGAGGCAUUCCAGACCGUGCUGUACACUCUGUCCUUGCGCUAUAACAUUAAGGGCACUCGCAAGCUUACCUAUACCAUGACGAUCUUGGAUGGCAUAUACCGGUUCUUUAGAACUUCCUUCCACCCCAUCUCCCGGACAGUCAAGCACUCUCUUGCGGACGCACCUACUCCCCCAUGCGCGCUGCAUGCGCUGCACCUCCCACCCGACGCACCCUUCACGAGUGCCAGCGCACGGCACAGAUCGCAGCUCUCCUCCUCCUUCCCAGCAUCUUUCCCUUUCCCGGACCAUGUCACCAGAUACAGCUUGAAAUUUCAGAGCAUCGAGAUCAGUAUACCCCAAUUACUGUUGAUCAACGAGGAAAAUGAGGCCCGCGAAGAUUGCACAGUGUUUAUUCUUGGGCGUUGA